UCCCUAACCAUGCAACGAUCAACUUUCCAUUGUUCGUUUUCUUCUAGUUAAAACCAAUAUGGCUUGCUCCAUGUCCCUUAAACUCGCAUGUGUUCUGGUACUGUGCUUGGCCGUGGCUGCACCCCAGGCUCAAGGGGCAAUCACUUGCGGCCAGGUCGUAUCGUACCUGGCACCCUGCAUCGUUUACGUACGAAACAACGGUGCCAGUAGUGGUGUGCCUGCAACUUGCUGUAACGGGAUCAAAUCUCUCAACAGGGCCGCCAGAUCAACACCGGACCGCCAAUCGGCUUGCAACUGCAUCAAAGGAAUGGCUGCCGGCAUUCCUGGCAUCAACUAUGGCCUUACCAACAAGCUCCCAGGCAUGUGCGGGGUGAACAUCCCGUUCAAGAUCAGCCCCUCCACUGACUGCAAAAGCGUCAAGUGAAGCUAGCCAUGGAAGUUGGUCGGCAAAUUGAAGGCAAAUAAUAGUAACUGCAUAAUAAAAAUGGAUGUUAAAAAUCCGUUGGGAUACCAUACUCUGAAAUAUCCCUAGUCAUAAUAAGAGCACAACCUUAUAAGAGUUUUAUGUUUCUAUGAUCACGUCUAAUGAAGAAUGAUCAUUUUUAUUUCCAUCUCUGCAAAA